CCCGCCCAACGGCUCGCUCGCUGUCUUGUUGACAGGGCUUGUCGCUUGUGUUGUUGUUUAUCAAUCUGUGAUGUCAGAACGUCUACCGGGCAGGUCUUGCAGCUCACAAUGAUCUCAGACUAAAGUUGCCAAUCCUUGCUAGAAGAAGACAACCAACAUGACUCAAACAUUAAAUGGAGGAGUUGCCUUUUCUAUUGAGAAGAAAAAAUUGUCUUUUGCUUCAAACACUGGCAGCAGUAGUGUGUUCCACAUGGGGGAUGAUCAGCCUACCACACCUUCUGCGCUGGUGAAGAGGUUGUGUUCACUGACUCAGGUGCCUCUUAAUCCUGCUGUUAACAUCCACUUCUCUGACCUCACCUAUACCGUGCCUGACAGGAAGAGAGGCUCAAAGAGGCUUCUCUCAGGGCUGAGUGGAUCUUUCUUCUCUCAGAAGCUAUCAGCCAUCAUGGGACCCUCAGGAGCUGGCAAGAGCACACUUCUCAAUGUGCUUGCUGGAUACAAGACCAAAGGACUCUCAGGCUCAGUCCUCCUCAAUGGAACAGACCGCAAGGCUCUGCGAUGUUACCGCAAGAUGUCAUGUUACAUUAUGCAGGAAGAUCAGCUGAUGCCUCACCUCACUGUGUCAGAAGCCAUGACCAUUGCAGCUAAUCUGAAAUUGGGCGAUAAUUUCUCCACAAAAGGAAAGUCAAUUAUUGUGGAUGAGAUCUUGGAGACACUUGGGAUGACAGACUGCAAAGACACCCGCACAGCUGACUUGUCAGGGGGACAACGCAAGCGGCUCUCCAUAGCUCUUGAGCUUGUCAACAACCCACCAGUCAUGUUCUUCGAUGAACCCACCAGUGGACUUGACAGCUCAGCAUGUUUCCAGUGUUUGUCACUGCUCAAGUCCCUGGCGCGUGGAGGUCGUACCAUUAUCUGCUCAAUACACCAGCCCUCGGCCCGGCUCUUCGAGAUGUUUGACUACCUGUAUGCUCUAGCAGAGGGCCAGUGUAUCUACCAGGGCAGAGUGGAUGGUCUAGUGCCAUUUUUGUCUAACUUAAGCCUUCACUGUCCCAGCUAUCACAACCCGGCCGAUUAUGUGAUAGAAGUUGCCAGUGGAGAACAUGGUGAUGUUGUUCCCAGAGUGGUGAAUGCUGUUAAACAAGGCCAGUGUGCUCCCUACCUAGAACCUCAAGCUCUUUUGGCUGGAAAGCUAGACAGUGAUUCUCCAAGCGAGAAGACUGUAUCUGCAGAAAAAGUGUUAAAGUCAGAUGAAAGCUUAUUCCCUGCCAGCUUCUCCACCACACAUUUGGAACAGUUUUGGAUUCUGUGGAAGCGAACUUUUGUUUGCACCAUUAGAGAUAUGUCUCUCUUCUGGGUACGUUGUUCAUCACAUAUAAUCUGUGGAUUGCUGAUUGGUAUGAUCUACUUUGAGAUUGGUAACGAAGCAUCUAAGGUCAUUAACAACUCUGGUUGUCUCUUCUUCACUGUUCUUUUCCUGAUGUUUACUGCCAUGAUGCCCACAAUCACAACUUUUCCAUUGGAGAAAAGUGUCUUUAUCAGAGAGCACAUGAAUCAUUGGUACUCCCUGAAGUCAUUUUAUCUUGCAAAAACUAUUGCUGAUAUCCCAUUUCAAAUAUUGUUCUCCUCAAUGUAUGUCACAAUAGUAUACUUGCUAUCAGCACAGCCAAACGAGAUGUUCCGAUAUCUCAUGGUGUUGUCCAUCUGCUUCCUCAUCUCCCUAGUGGCUCAGAGUCUGGGUCUCUUCAUUGGAGCAGCUCUCACAGUGGAGAAAGGUGUGUUCAUCGGGCCAGUUAUAAAUGUGCCCAUCCUGCUAUUCUCCGGUUUCUUCGUGAGCCUCAGCAGUAUCCCAAGCUGCCUCCGCUGGGUGGCUGAUGUCUCGUACAUCCGCUACGGGUUUGAGGGCACGAUGACAGCAGUGUAUGGCUUCAAUCGUACCAGCAUGCACUGCUCCGAACCCUACUGCCACUUCAAGAUCCCAGCCAGAUUCUUGCAAGAGAUGGAUAUGGACAAGGCUGUAUUCUGGGUGGAUUGUUUGGCCCUACUGGGAUUCUUUUUCUUAUUAAGAGUGUUUGGGUACUUUGUGCUCAAGUGGAACAUUUACUGCAGAACAUGAAAAUUUGUAACUGUUUUCAGUACGUUAAUAGUGUGUUGUGUGGGUAAACUUUUUAUUGUAGACCAGACCAGUGCUAUUUUGAUUGUUAUUAAUCUAUAUUUUCAUACUUGGGUCAAGAGGAUCUCAACUGAAGAUUUACGUAUAAUGUUCAUACAGGCAUGGUAAUCUUAAAAGGAUGGUUUUUCAUUCAAACAGUUUAAACAAAGGGAAAUUCCUGAAAACAUUCAGACAGGGCCAAACUGGUGGUCCUUUUUUAUUGUAAAUCCAAUAUCCUGAACCAAUUCAGCAGACAAACAUUUUAUUUUAUCCUGCUGUACCAAAUAUAGCAAGAUAAAAAGAGUUAAGGUAUGAGGUAUGUUUCAGUGAUGAUACUCAAAUUAUUAUCAGUAACCAUUAUUCCUCACCUUGCGGCCUAGCCAUAUCAUUAUAUAAAUGACAAACAAUAUAAAGUGGGAAAAAACAUCAUUAGAAGUGAUGUAUUUGUAUAUAAAUUGGCAAAAAAUCUGAAAAUAUGUUACAAAACUUAUAUGAAGAAAAAUUAUACUCGUCAUAUUGCCACACAGAGUUCAUAAAAUUGCUGUAACAAAUUAAAUUUAUUAAAGACAUAUGCAGUCAAUGCAAUAAAGUUAUUAAAUUUUGUUUUUUUUAUAACAAAAUGUUAUACUGCAGAAUGUGGAAUUAAUUUUUAACUUUUAUGUAUUGUAUGGUUUGUUUAAAAUUGGUUCAAUUAACUCGUUGAUGCCUAUAGAUAGAAACAACUUGUAUAGUUUAUUUUUAACAGAAUCCCAGGAUAUCUUGGCACAAUUAAAAUUAAUCCAUAACAGCCUAGAUAGCAUAUGGACAUAGUAGUAUGCACAGUAUUUACACCUAAGUGUGGGUACUCUCACUUCAAAAUCUGGGCUAUUACGAGUUAAUUUAUGUUCUGUUACACUACUUCUCUAGCAUUUUGAGUGCUUUAAGUCACUGUUUAACUGAAUAUGGGAUUUUUGUUUAAUACUUCUCUAUUGAAUAUCUAUAGAGAAGUUCACUUGAUUAGAUGGAAAAUCAAUAUCUGCUGUGACACUUUUUCAAAAAAUAUCUUCUUUUAAUAACUGCUUCCAGUUAUAAAUCAAUACCUUUUAUUUCUGGUUUUAAAUGUUGUAUCAAUUACCAUAUUUUGAUUUUCAUCAAAAUAUCUACUCUGUUUUCAAUAUUUAUGUUUCAAAAGGCACAAGAGAUUUAUGUUGAAACAUUUUGCUUUCUUUUGAACUCUAGAACAUUUUUAUUACUUUUUGGAUUAUUUGUGACAAGGUUAUUCUUACAAAAACAGGAAUCAAAUAUGGGCUCUAUACCCUUAAGGUCUCAUGUCCCUUAAUUUCAAACUUUUCAUUGGAAUUAAAUGUUCUACAGGAUAUGAUUAAGACUAAACUUAUUACAAAAUUAAUACUUCCAUAUCCCUAAUUUGAUCUAAAAUUUCAAUUUUGCUACAGUUUGCAUUUGUGCAAUAUUUCUUACCUUGGUUACAACUCAGAAUAGAUCAAUAAAACAUUUCUAUCUUUGAGUAAUUUGAAACAACUUAUGUGUACAAAUUGUGUUCAACUCAAUUUUUCAUGAUGAUAGAUAAUACUAAAGGGAACAAUAGUUAUAUCUCAGCUACUAAGUUACUACAUUGUUAAUAACAAAUUAAAAGCGUUUAAGAAUUCCCAAGUGAUUUACACAAUUUUAGUUUGUAAAAGUUUUUGAUGUCUCAUUAGUUUCAAUAUGGUGACUAUACACAGAUUUGAGAAGUAUGUGUAACUGUAAUAAUCAGAAAUAUGAGUGUACACAAUAAGUACCGUAAUUUCUAAUAAAUUCCCACCAAACUUAGUAUAAAAAAUAGUAUUUAAACUUACCUUAGAUAAUUAAGUUCAUUAGUUAACCUCCUUCAGAGAAAUGUUUCAGGAUGGCAGACAUGAAACAUUUAUAUCUUGGCAAUUUCAUAAUAUAUACCAAAAGUAACGUUUUUGGGAACAGUAUUCAAUUUAAAACAACAUUUACUCAGUUAUGUACAAAGAAUGUAAUCUAUAAAAAGACUAUGGAUACUUUCCUUGUUACAAUCAUGAAGUUUGUAAAAUUUACUGAAGUUUAUAAUAUUUUGUGUUGCCAUUAAAAGUUCAAAAUCACUUUGGUUUUGAAACUUACACUUCACAAUAUAUCCUCCACAAUUUGUAUUUUGUCAUUACAAUACAUUUUGUAUUAUGUUAUUUAUCAUGAAAGCAUAGUAAAACUUAAAAGAUAGUGUCAUAAAAUGUUGAAAGUGUCUCGUAAUAACUGUUAAGUAGUGAUGAAGCAUUGUGUUCACUUGAUAUGCAAGUAUUAAUUUUUUGCAAACUUGUGAUAUUGAUAAUUUAAUGCGUAUUUGUACCUUUUAAUAUCUAAUAAGCUUUAAACCAUAAAAUUAUCUAUUUUCAUGUCUUUUCACUGCUGUUAUAAAUGAAUUGAAUUUAAAUCUUGAAAAUAAUUUAAUACAUUUUCUUAUGUAUUAAUUUAUUAGCUACAUUAAGUGAUUUUUACUUGGAAUUUAUGUUAGUAUUCGUGUUGAAUUAUUAAAUAUAUGUGUCCGAAAAAUGUAUGAAAAGCUAUUUGUACAAUGUGGGUGUUAAAGUUGUGGUAUUCACCCAAAUGCACAGAGAUUUUAGAUAAUUUUUACAUGUCAUUACAAUACUGGUUGUUCAUGCUAGAGGUAUCAAGAAAUAUUGGACACAUACAAUAUAAAAAUGUGCUUUUUUAUUUUCAAACAACUAUGUUAACAUGUUAUAAAUACAACCAAGAGUGAUAUGUUACUCAGCAAAGUUCAAUAUGAUCACCAUAAGUGGCUCUCAAGUGGUCUAAACAGUACUCGACAUUCCACCAAGUGUUUAUGAGCAUUUCCAGCAUUGUCCUUUAAACUGCAGCCACAUCCCAAACCCUUAGUUCCCGUUAACUUUGUACUCUUAUUUGAUAAACAAAAUCUUUGAUGAACCCCAUCCAAAAAAAUCUAGAUGGGUAAGAUUUGAUCUUGCUAGCCAUACAAUAGGCCCUCUUCUGCCCAUCAAACAACCAGAAACACAACAAUGAUGUUCGUUAAAAAAAAUCCUGACACCCAACAGAUCACCUGUUGGGGUCUUUCCGGAAUAUGGUUUGGUCUAGAAUUUGAGAUACUGCAAAAAUGUUGAAUAUAUCCAAAUACUGUGUCAUGUUACUGAAUGUUCUAUAAAACAAAAUUUACUUUUAGUGUGUCUAUUUCUUGCGUUACAUGGGAAAUCUUUUUACCCAAUAUAACAAUUGUAUCUGUUUAUUAUUCCUUGUGUAUGGAUUAAAAAGUCAACAGUGGUGUUGCAGUCUACAGUAAAAGUAGAAAUAUUGCAUUUUUAAAAUUUAUUUGUAGUCUUAAGGCAUUGUGCAGGAAAUAUGACCCUUAGUUUAAAUACACCGUCUUGAUUCUACUACUUUUUGUAUGUACGGUAAUUGAAAUCGCUAAAAAUAUAUGUUAAAUAACCCUGUGGAGGAAUUUAUUUCUUGAUAUCUCUAGCCUGGACACUCAGUAUUUUACCUAACCCCAUGUUCAGAGUGUUCUAAAAGUGUCUUUCAAAACAAAAAAGCCUAGUUUCUGUCUCACAACUUCAAGUUACAAGGUUUGUUGAUGUGAACACUUAACUCACUACCAUACCCAGCAUGCAUGUUGUAAUUGAAUGUAACACAAAAUUUAUUUGGAGUAAAACAAGAAUACAAAGUUUAUUUAUACAAAUAUUCUGAAUGCAAGUAACUGCAACAUUGCACACACAUCAUCAGUAGAAAACUUUUUACCUUAGAUUAGACUCACAGGAUGCUAAACCAUUGGUUUGUGUGUUUUAAUACUGAAUAACUUAUUCUGAAAACUUAUGCUAAUGUUCUUUGGGGGCUGUUGAAUCCUGGUUAUGGUCAAUAACAUGAUAGCAUGGUAUAGCAUGUGGGGUUAGGUCAAUUAUUUUUAUAACAAUUUUCCCUACAAUUUCAUAACAAAUCUUGUGUUUAAAAUUACAUUAAUUUAUAUCCUAAAUCUCGUCAUAGGUAUAAUGCAGAAUAGAUGUAACUGUUAAAUAAAGUUUGAAAAAUUACUUAUUCAUUCCUUCUUGAGGUGUGAUUACUUGUGUGAUAGAGUUUUUUAAUGACAGUGUAAUAUGGAAAUUGAAAGAAAAUACUUUAGUACUUAGAAGUGGAUUUGCUUUAUAUUACAUUUUCCCAUAUCUUAUGAUAUGAUUUUUGUGUUCAAUAAAUAAAAAUACAAACCUAAUAACCAAACCUAUAAAGCUGUGAUCGUGAUGAUUUGAAUUAAUUCUCUCAAUAUUAAUGUUUUUACAUAUUACAACUUGUCAUGAACAUAACAUUUUUGGCUUAUAUAUUUUCAUGUGUGAAACUGAAAUGUUGAAAAUUGUAAAAAUAGUUUGUUAAUGUUAUUGUUGUUUCAAUAUGUGUCACCUAGAAAACUGAAGCAUCAUUACAAACAACAUGAGUGUUCAUAAUAAAUAGUAACAUGUUCUUUUAACCAAUUCUCCACCAGGUUUACCAGAGGAUAAUUAAGAAAAAUAGGAACUUUAGAAAUUUUUUGGUAUAUGCGUAAACAUCACAAUAACUGAAGAAAACCAGCUCAUGCCAUCUUACCCUUAACUACUGUGAAUAAUUGGAGAUGUGCUCUAUUACCAAAAGUUUUUUUAUAAAAAUAAUAAAGGUGUGACCUAAAGACCUCAAAAUAUAGAGAAUUUUUUAUUUCGAAUUUUGAAAUUUUAUUUUUUUGUGUACCAACAAAUAAAAAACUAAUUGUGUCACAUAACACUUGGUUAAAUACUGUCACAAUAAUUGUAUUAUUUAUAUUACUAAUUUGUAUUAUGGCGAAAAGUGUCAUCUCACAUAGCUUAAAACUGAUUUUUUGGUGCUUGAUAGUUUUUAAGAUUAGAGAAAAUUCUAUAUAAAUAAAUUAUUUACUUUUGUUAAACAUUACAGUAGUGUUGUAAACAUGUUAAUUCUCAAACAAUAAUCUAAAUAAGUUUGUAGUUUGGUAAACUAGAAGUAAAUAAAUCCAAAACAGAUAAUUUAAAUACUAGUACUAUUUCAAAGAAGUGUGAAUGUUACAUGGGUCUUCCUCAAAUACGUGUUAGUAGAAUAUCCUGUGAUUUGAAAACGUGUUUCUUGAUAUCGUUGGAUACUAGCGAAAUCAACUGAAUAUUUUCUGACAAAGUAUAUAACUUAUCUAGCACAGCAUAAGACUAGAGUCAAGACCCCAAAGUCUUCAAAAAUGUUAUGACUUUCACUCAUCCUGGACUACUUCUGUAGAACAAAUCAUCUAUAAAAAAUUGUUAUACUAGCUGGGCCCUAAAAAAUAACCCAUAUCAAAAAAAUUUAUUUCAUAUGUAUGCAAAUAGUAUACAUUGAACCUUUUGAUUAUAGACCUUAGUGAGGUUGUUAUAGGCACAGUAGAUAUAACGUGUGUAGACAGAUGUAUGGGAGCUUCUUACAAAGAUGUACAGGCCUAGGCCUGGUAGAAGUUUCUUGUUUCUGUUCGUCAUUACCUUACCUAAUUUGACCUUGAAAUUGUGAUCUAUUCGAUAUCAUAGCAUAUUUUUAGUAUGGCUAGUUCCAUAGGUAAAUUAAAUAAAACAUUUCAAAAGGUUAAAUCGCUGAGUAGAAAUGUUUUGUGCAUUCUUGUUAAUAUAACACUGCCAAUAUUACAUAUAGUGUUUUCAUCUGCCAUCAAUAGUGUAACUUGAGGCAAUUUCUUCACAAAAUCUUGAUUUAUUACUGUGCAGCCUUCUUAAAAAGAAAAAUGGAACAAAAUUCUAUUACUGCUUUACUAAACUGAACUGUUUCAAAUGCUGCUCUGGACACAAUUGUGUAUUUAUGAUCUGGUUCACUUAUAUUAGUUUCUAGGUUAAAAACCACUUCACUCUGAUUUUAUUAUUUAGCUAAUUUUAUUAAUUCAUUUAAGUAUUGUUUAAAACACAGAUGUCUUUCAAGAAUCCAUUUCUGCUGGACGGCUUGAGUAAGCAUGUUUGAAUUUUUGUUCAUAUUUUAUUUACAUGCAUCUAAAAGUAAUAAAAUACGCAAAUAGACGAUCAGAUCCAAGAUUCAAUGUAUUUCUAUAACAAUAAUUUUUAUAUUUUAACAAUCUUUUUGGUUAACAUUACAUUAAACUGAAAAUGUCUCAAGUUACAAUAUUUUACAGUAAUUGUCUGUUUAAAAUAAUAAGUUAAAAUUAAAUUUUAUGUUUUGGAUUUUGCAUAGUGAGAAAUUACAUUUUUAUUAAAUAUUAAUUAUUGAUAAUUUGUUCUUUUCUAGCUUUUGAGUGUGUGUUCUUUACAAGUUAUUUUAAAUAAGAUAAAUAUGUGAUGUCUGAAUGGCUUUAUUUGUUUUGCUUAAAGUACAAUAUUUAUAUUUUAUACGCUUUUUGUAAGUGCAGUACAUUUUUAAGUGAUAUUUUGUACAAAUGAAUUUAAAGUAACCUAUCCUUAUCUUUGAUACCAUGUGUAGAACUCGAAACUGGUUUUGUAUUUUUGCCUGAAAUAAAGUUUAACAGUUUUUGCAUGGUC